CACACUGAGCGAGUGAAGAGUUACACAUUUGUAACGUAAACCAGCUGUCCCCUAACGACACUGGACAGUUUACAAACGGACAUUGCUGACAACAUGGACUCUCAAAGACUGCUGAAGAACGCACACACACACAAACUCGUGGCGGCCUCUCCGAGGGAGCAUGGAAGCAUUGAGAGAGUCUUUUCUCCAUUUAACCUUUCAGAUGUCUACGUAUAAGAGAGCUACGUUGGACGAGGAGGAGUUAGUGGACUCCACCACCGAUGAGAUCUACCCCUCCGCGCCCAUGCAGGUAAGCUUGAUGCAUGGCCGUGGCCCGACCUGUUGGGUGGAGAAGCGCAGGACAGAGAAGAUGUUGCUGGUGCUGGUGUGUGCCCUUUCGGUGGCCCUGUUCUCCUCCCUCAUCACCGCGGGGGUCUUCUACAAACAGACCCACCCUGGCCUGUGUCUAACGGAGCCAUGCGUGAUGGUGGCGAGUACCGUCAUGGGGGCGCUGGACCGCUCCGUGGACCCCUGUCAGGACUUCUACAACUUUGCGUGCGGGGGCUGGGUGAAGAACAACCCGCUGCCUGAGGGAAAGUCUCGCUGGGGGCCCUUCAGCAACCUGUGGGAGCACAACAUGGCUGUCAUGAAGCAUCUACUGGAGAACACCACCGUGAAGGGUCUGAGCACAGCGGAGGAGAAGGCCCAGCGCUACUACCAGGCCUGUAUGAGUGAGGCCAGGAUCGAGUCGCUGGGUGGCCAGCCUCUACAGGACCUCAUCAAUCAGACAGGUGGCUGGGCCCUGACCAGUCAAUGGCACAAGGAUAACUUCCAGGAGGUUCUCCGAAAGGUGUCCGCAAACUACCGCACCUCGCCCUUCUUCACAGUCUUCGUCAGUACCGACUCCAAGAGCUCCAACAGCAACAUCAUUCAGGUGGAUCAGUCUGGGCUGGGGCUACCUUCCAGGGACUACUACCUCAACAAGACAGCUAAUCAAAAGUAUCUGAGUGCCUACCUGGACUUCCUGGUAGAGCUGGGGGUCCUUCUGGGGGGCUCUGAGGAGACGUCGCGGUCGUUGAUGCAGGAGAUUGUGGACUUUGAGACCAGCCUGGCUAACAUCACUGUUCCUCAGGAGGAGAGGAGGGAUGAAGAGCUCAUCUACCACAAGAUGCAGGCCAAGGAGCUGGCGACUCUGGCACCCGCGGUGGACUGGAUGCCCUACCUGACAGACGUGUUUUCCCCUGUGGUCCUCAACGACUCGGAGCCCGUGGUGGUGUAUGCCAAGGAUUAUCUCCAGAAGGUGUCCGACCUCAUCAUCAUCACCAACAAGAGCCUCCUCAACAACUACAUGAUGAUGAAGGUGGUGAGGAAGAUGGUGUCCAUCUUGGACCAGCGCUUCCAGGAUGCCGAGCAACGCUUCUUUGAGGUCAUGUACGGCACCAAGAAGAGCUGCACCCCUCGCUGGAAGCUGUGUGUCAGUGAUACCGACAGUGCUCUGGGCUUCGCUCUGGGGGCCUUGUUUGUCAAAUCCACCUUCGCAGAGGACAGCAAGGCCAUUGCAGAAAACAUGGUCUCAGAAAUCAAGUGGGCAUUUGAGGACAGUCUGAAGUACGUCAGCUGGAUGGACCCGGAGACUAAAAAGGCAGCCAAAGAGAAGGCUGAUGCCAUUUACAACAUGGUCGGAUACCCAAAGUUCAUAAUGGACGCCAAGGAGCUGGACAAAGUGUUCAAUGAUUUCGAGGUGGUGUCGGAUCUUUAUUUCCAGAAUGUCAUGCAGUACUACAACUUCUCAGCCAGAGUGACAAGUGACCAGCUAAGGAAAACUCCCAACAGAGACCAGUGGAGCAUGACCCCGCCCACGGUGAACGCUUACUACAACCCCACCAAGAAUGAGAUGGUUCUGCCUGCAGGGAUCCUCCAGGCUCCCUUCUACAGCCGUGCGUGGCCCAAAGCCCUGAACUUCGGGGGGAUUGGCGUUGUCAUGGGUCACGAGCUGACCCACGCAUUUGACGACCAAGGGAGGGAGUACGACAAGGACGGGAACCUGCGCUCCUGGUGGAAGAACUCGUCUGUGGAGGCCUUCAAGCAGCAGACUCAGUGCAUGGUGGAGCAGUACAGCAACUACAGCAUCAACAAGGAACCGCUCAACGGAAAACACACCCUGGGGGAGAACAUCGCCGAUAACGGAGGGCUGAAGGCUGCCUAUAAGGCUUACGUGAACUGGAUUGAGAAGAAUGGUGAGGAGCCCACCCUGCCAGCUCUGGGGAUGACCAACCAUCAGCUUUUCUUCAUCGGGUUUGCUCAGGUGUGGUGCUCCGUCCGCACUCCGGAGAGUUCCCACGAGGGGGUCAUCACAGAUCCACACAGUCCGUCCAGGUUCCGGGUCAUCGGCACCGUCUCCAAUUCGCAUGAGUUCUCCAAGCAUUUCGGCUGCAAAGCCAACACCCCCAUGAACCCCCAACACAAGUGUGAGCUCUGGUGAUACCCUGCUCUUAGCUGGACUGACUGGUCUGAUGGGUGGUAGAUUGGGACCUUCAGUAUAUGGACCUUUUAUGCACAAGCAUAUGAAAGUUAGCCUGGAAGUUAGACCUGGCGUAGUAUCCCGAAAGGAGAGCUCUGGUCUCCAAACCACUGAAACACAAACCGAUCCCUCUCAGGUUCCAAACCACAACACCCUGUGCCUUGUGUGGACUGAAGUUGGACUUUAACCCUCGUGCUGCCUUCGGGUCACAUGACCCAAAGGUUCAUAACGAACCAUCAUUGUGUUUACCCAAUUUUACCCAAUACAAAAACAAAUAAAAAUACUUUUCUUUUAACCUUCGCAAUGUGGGGGGUCUGAGACAGCCCGACGGUUAAAAGAAAAUGCUUCACUUUGUUUUUGUAUGCGGUAAAGUUGUCGCAAUACGACGGUGGGUCACAAUGACUGAUGGGUCAGAACGACCCGAGGAGAACACAAGGGUUAAGACCCCCACACACACACUCACCCUAACUCCUGUCACUGUGACAAAGAGUUUUAGAAAAAAGCUUGUUACUUAACCCUCGUGCUGCCUUCGGGUCACAUGACCCAAAGGUUCAUAACGAACCAUCGUUGUGUUUACCCAAUUUUACAAAAACAAAUUAAAAUAAUUUUCUUUUAACCUUUGCAAUGUGGGGGGUCUGAGACAGCCCAACGGUUAAAAGAAAAUGCUUCACUUUGUCUUUGUAUGCGGUAAAUCUGUCGCAAUACGACGGUGGGUCACAAUGACUGAUGGGUCAGAAUGACCCGAAGAUAACACAAGGGUUAACAGGAGUGGAGGACUUGUUUCUAAAGGAUCAAAUGAGGGAGGGAUGAUUUUGACACUGGAAACCAAAAGAAUGGUUGUAAAAGAAAAAAAGGGAAAGAUAUUUUGUAUUUUGUUCAAUAAUAUUUUGCGACAAAAGAUUUAGCUUAAUAUGCUUAUAUUUUCUUACGGAAAGUGAUAUUUAUUUUCUGUAUUUUUUGUUUGUUUUUUGGGCUAUCGUACAUUUUUGUGAAUUCUAUUAUAUAUUCCAUCAUCAUCCGUUUUUAUGACAAAUGAUCAUUAAGCUAUACAUACUAUUGCAGCCCUGUCUGUCUGAAACCAUGUUCCCGGCGUAUAAUCUGCAAGUUGCUUUAUUCUACCAAUAAUAACAUCCAAUAACAUUCAAUCUUUGGGUGAGAAAAGGAACACCUGAAAUCCUUCAAAGCCAUAUAAUUCUUCUGGCACUCUUCAAUAAUUAUGCUAAUGUCUAAACACACAACAGAUAAUGUCAGAAAUGUGAGAUCCUAGAGGAAGAAAAAGUUGACUGUUAGUCCUUUACACAUAUUCUCCUAAGUACAGUUAACCUACUGUAGACCAACCACUGUGUUUAUAUAUUCAUAAAAACAUGAAAAUAUAUGCAUUAAUUGGCAGCAUGGUGUCAACUCUAUCAAGAUUAUUGAAUGAUACAUAUUUUUAAGCAAUUCGACAGUGUUGUUUUAACACUUUAGUUGUUCGGUCAUGCACAUGCAUAAUGUUAGCACUGAUUUCUUGUGCCAUACAUCUUUUUAGUCCAAUAAACGUGUGUAAUCUGAA